AUUACAUACAUCCGAAUCCAAGAAAACCCGACCCGUAAUCAAGAAGCUAGAGUUGGAAGCCCAAUACCAACACCAGAGAGAGAGAGAGAGAGAGAGAGAGAGAGAGAGACUGUAAAACAAAAUAAACAUACAAACAUAAAACGAGAAAUUUCUCAUCUUUCCCGGUACAAUUUUCUAAUCCCCGCAACUGAGAAUUGAAGACACAGAAUCAAGAGAUCCAUUUCUUUUAACUCUACAAAACCCUAAAUUAGCUCAAUUUGGGAAGAAACAAGAGGUAAAAAAGACUUGACUUUCUAACCUGAAGAUUUGAAGAAACAGUGAGAAAGAAGAAAUGGAUGAGAAGAAGCAAGUGGCGGUGGUAGAAGAGGAGGAUCGGAGCAGUGAGAGCGGAGAUUAUACGUCGGAGGAUGAAGGAACGGAGGAUUACCGCCGCGGUGGUUACCACGCUGUGCGAAUUGGUGAUUCUUUCAAAAACGGCCGUUACGUUGUUCAGAGUAAACUCGGUUGGGGCCAUUUCUCUACCGUCUGGCUCGCUUGGGACACUCUGAAACCCCAAUUUGUAGCUUUGAAGGUACAAAAAAGUGCCCAACACUAUACUGAAGCUGCCAUGGAUGAGAUUACCAUCUUGCAACAGAUUGCUGAUGGAGACCCUGAUGAUAAAAAAUGUGUUGUAAAGCUUUUGGAUCAUUUUAAGCAUUCGGGUCCCAAUGGACAGCAUGUUUGUAUGGUUUUUGAGUAUUUAGGGGAUAAUCUUUUAACCCUAAUCAAGUAUAGUGAUUAUCGUGGAAUGCCCAUUAAUAAGGUUAAAGAGAUCUGUUUUCACAUUUUAGUGGGUUUGGAUUAUUUGCAUAGACAGCUUUCCAUUAUACACACUGAUCUGAAGCCAGAGAAUAUAUUAUUAUUAUCAAUGAUAGACCCAAUAAAAGAUCCAAGAAAAUCCGGAGCUCCGCUUAUUCUUCCAAGUAGUAAAGAUAAAACUGCUUUAGAAUCUGGAAUUGUAAGACUAAAUGGAGAUUUGACUAGGAAUCAGAAGAAAAAAAUAAGAAGAAAGGCCAAGCGAGCAGCUCAGGGGUGUGUAGAAAAGGAAGCUUCUGCUGAAGUUGAUGCAGAUCCUGAAACAUCUGUUGCAGAAGAGUUAUCUGCUAAUGCUAAAACAAAUGUGGGUUCUGCUGAAGAUCAGCCUGCUAAUUUUGACAAUACAAGCAGACCAUUUGAUGCUGACGGAACAAAAGGAGGGUUAGAUAAUCAGGGUAAUAAAAGGGGAAGUCGCUCCACAAGGCAGAAGCUAUUGGCUUCAGUUGACUUGAACUGCAAAUUGGUGGACUUUGGAAAUGCAUGUUGGACGUACAAACAAUUUACAAAUGAUAUACAGACAAGACAGUACCGCUGUCCGGAGGUGAUCCUUGGAUCUAAAUACUCUACAUCAGCUGAUCUUUGGUCUUUUGCUUGCAUUUGUUUUGAGCUUGCAACUGGUGACGUGCUUUUUGAUCCCCAUAGUGGUGAUAACUUUGACAGGGAUGAGGACCACUUAGCCUUGAUGAUGGAGCUUCUUGGAAUGAUGCCUCGCAAGAUAGCCUUAGGUGGCCGCUAUUCUCGGGAUUUCUUUAAUAGAUAUGGUGAUCUGAGGCACAUACGCAGAUUGCGUUUCUGGCCCUUGAAUAAGGUUCUCAUGGAGAAAUAUGAGUUCAGUGAGAAGGAUGCAAAUGACAUGACUGAUUUUUUGGUCCCUAUCCUUGAUUUUGUCCCUGAGAAACGGCCAACGGCAGCUCAGUGCCUUCUUCAUCCAUGGAUCAGUUCAGGCCCUCGUUCUCUAGAGCCAUCUAUGCCAUCUCAUCAAAAUGAAGCCUCGGAAGGUGUAAAUUCCGAGAAGAAGAGGGAGAAGGAUGAGAGGGAGGCAAUGGAAAAGGGAAUGGGAAAUAUUGCAAUUAAUGCAGAUUCCAAAUUGGUUAAAGAUUCCCCGUCUAGUAGUAAACUCUCCAAGGCAGCCACAACUAGCUCAUCUAAGUAGGACUCAGGACCGAAUAUAGCAGUUUGCCCCUUAUCAUUAUCCACAUCCAGUUUUCUGCAACAGCAGCUGGCAUUCUUGCUUGCAAGUCAUGAUUACUUUGGGCUGGGCUCAAUUUCAGUAUACUUUUGGAUUGGCAUGGUAUGGAACGAUAUUGUGUGGUUCUGAUGUGGAGCAUUAUAAACAAAAAUGGAUACUUUGUGAGGCUUCAUGUUCGAGCACAAUUAUUGGAGUGUACACGUUCCAUAUGCGGACAAAAUUGGUCAUAAACGGAAACAUAUGCUAUGAACUGUCUGUUUGUGAAGAUUGUUCAUUUUUAUGUGAUUCAUGUACUGAAUGACAUCCUUGAUUCUGGAACCAUAGAUACGAUACUUAAAUUCUACACAUUUUUUUCUUUGAGCAA